GAUGACUCGGGUGGUAGUCUCAAUUAUCAUGCCAGCCGAGAGCUUUACCUGCCUGGAGCAGUUUAGAGUCUAAAUCACCAUAUCAACGUUAACUACUUUUAAAAAGUCACUUGACCUUCCGAGUCUUCCGGUGGGCUUACCCAUAAUCCUGUGUCUUUUAAACACGUUAUCCGUACACGUCGCAGCGCGCUCAGGCUUGUGUCUCUGAUGGUGACAAUCAUUGAUCCUGACAAUCUGCCAUAUCCUGGUUCCACAUUGUUCCUGCCCUCUUUGCUUGCCCAUAUACGUGCUGCUGCUCCCGGUCUGCCACUUGAGCCAAUCAUCAUCCAGGUUUUACUUCUUUGUAUCGUUUCAGGGGAUAGAAAUAUCAUCCUGCGGACCCGCGAAGAGGACAUUGGUCUUGUAUCCAGACUUGCGACUAUCUCGCUCACAUCUGUCUUCGGUUACAUCACCCACAAAUUUCGAUGUCAUGCCGAUGCUAAAUCUCAGACACCUGCUAAAUUUCUGCGAUCUCUCUUUAUCCCACCCCCACCUGUCAUCGCCGCCGAUGGCUCGGUGUCACCCCAGCACAGGCACCAUCGUUCAUCCGUGACAGUGCACAGCAGGAAGUCUUCUUUUCCGAUGUCUAUGUCAUUUUCAAGUGAUGUUACGCGACCCAUUCAGCAUACCUCGCAACUGGCCUCUGAUGAUCUGACUGCCAGUGCUGAUGGCGGACCGUUCACAGACACCCGACGGAUGUCAACUCGCCUGAGCCUCCACACUGAAUCCUCCGUACCCAAUAUUGGUUCUAGUGGCAAUGUGGCGAUCCAUCGCCGUCGUACAUCGCAUGUCAACUCAGAUAUGCUUAAGAUACCAUCUGCAAUUGUCGUCUCUGGAUUAGAGCAUGCUAGUUUACCUGCGCAGCGUGCUGUCUUACGGACUCUUGCAGAGAAGAAACUCGUCGUGUCGGAUAACCACUCAGAAAUCGAAUCAGAAUUGCAGCUUGAUCUGCCAGACGAUUUUAUCAUGGUCUAUCUCGACUGGUUUGCUAUGAGUACACCUAUCAAUGUUCAGCUAUCCACACGAGCUGCAAUGCAUAAUUAUCAACCUCACCGCACGUCAACACCAUCCACAGCCCUAUCCUCGCCCUCAAUACCAGGGUAUCCAUUCCCUAACAUGGCUAUGUCAGGCCCGCCGACCCCUCCUCCACCGAACAACUCCACGCCAAUAAUACCUGCCACGUUCUUGGCAAGGCUAAAGAGCCUAUGUACCACCGAAGUUCGCAUGCGCCCGCCGCUAGAAAUAUACCUCGCAGAUUUAUUUACUGCCACGCGGCAUUUUGGUGCACUUGACGCCAUGAUGCUCACUGCGCGUGCACGUCUAGACGCGGAGAUCCUCACGCGGGCGUCUCGGGUGCUCGGAGUCGAUCAAACAGGGGCAGAGUUAAUUCAGGAAGCAUCGAUCAAUGAUCCAGAGCGCACUGAUGAAGACAGUACCGAACGCGGGUAUCCCCGGUCGAGCACGAACACCCAGAGCUUUGAAGCGCUUAUAGAUGGCUCCGCACUGCCAUACGAUGUACCUGACGUGACUAGCGUGCAUACUCGCCGCAGCACACGGAGUGCACACAUCGAACAUGAAGAACCGCUAGAACUGGAUGUGUCAGAGGCGGAUGUGGCGAGGAUUUUUCCGAGAGUGGUGUCACAUCGUGUCAGGGUAAGGGACUCGCCUGUGGAUGAAAUUCUGAGCAGCGCAGUUUGCGGGGCUGUAAGUCGAUGGGGAGUCAUACCAAAAGGGAUGAAUUCAGGCUGGGAAGAGGGGCCCAUUGACGUACAUGAUCCAGAUACCGUUUGGGAGCGGGCAACAGUCAAAGAUAUAUUGGUACACAUACUUGCCGAAGUAUGACUUAUCAUCGCCCUAGAGGAAACAUGUUCUAUAACAGUACUUAUACAUGAGGCGAUGACUUGGAGACAGGACCAUAUACUACAGCCGCAUCAUUGAUUAGUGGCGGCAAGAAGCACAAAGACGCCACUAUGAGAUGGUUGGCUUCAGUUAUGUAACAAACCCAACCAUCACGCUGUCACGCUGG